AAAUAAUUUUUGCAUAAAAUGGACAAACCUCGGAACUUGUAUGCUCUGCAUAGGAAAAACUACCUCCGGAGAACGGGAAAUAACAAUUCUAAGCAACAAAAUAACUUCUCAUCCCAGAAUAACCACCACCGUAUUCCAAACUUUCGUUUGAAAGGCAAACAUAAAUAAGAUGCAGAGAAACAACCUUUUAGACACUCAGAGAGAUUUCCAUGUGAUAUCUCAGGAGUCUCAGAUCUCUAGUCUGAGGAAUGCUCGAGAUGGAGUCUUGACUAUGUAUCAAGACUUGAAAUCGAAGAAAUACCUAGAGGAUUCACCUGAAUGAGGCGAUAGCACUAACUCAGAUGAUGAUCCAAGUAACGUCAGAUAUAUAGAACAAAGUCAAGUUAAGAUUUACAAUGAUGUUGAGCAAGACUGAGUAAGGAUCAGAAUGGGCAGUCUGAGUAACUCAAGGUGAAGACAGCUCAGUGAAAUACAUUCUUCCCAAGGAGAAAGCUCUCUAAAGAGGAAUACUUUUCACUUUCUCCCUCUAUCAAUGUCUUGUGGAAAAUUGCAACGGAAAAAUAAAGGAUCUCCUGAGUACUCUAAAAAUCUCUGUAUUACCUGUGCGAAUUGAAACCGACCUAUUCCAUCUUCUAAGAUAGAAGAUCAUUCCAAAUAAAUGAAUAGGAUCUGUGAGAUCAGGGACUAAGGCAGAUAAAUAUUUAGAUUAUGAUAAAUCAAUGGAAGUAGAAUUAAAGCAUCUCGAAUCUGAUCUCAAUCAGCAGCUCAAUAAGCUGAUGUCUUCUCCUGUGGCUAGCCAACAAGAUGAUAUUGACGGGCAAUACAUUAUGCAGCUUGUUGAUAUAGCCAAAGACUUGAUCUACGUGAACAAUCAGAGCGAGGAAAGUCUCAAACAGCUUAUUCAAAUCAGAUGAAGGCUUGACUCUAUCAGAAGAGGGUUUGAAGGAUCUCAGAAAUUACUGCUUAAAGUAGAGAAAAUAUUAAUUAUCACUAAUGCCAAGCUAAAGGAGCAUCAAAAGAAGAAAAGGGAAGAUUUCCAGUCUCUUCGGGAUAGUAUCUGGAGUGAUGAUAAACUUAUUUAAUCGCUCUAUUAAGUCAGGAUCUUCUAGCAAAAAGACACUCAAGAGGAAUAUGAGUGGGGUUAAAAUUAGAGAAAGUAUUGUACUGAAUGAAUUCCUUGAGAAAGAAAAGAAUAAUAGCAUGUUAUCCGCUUCAAAGAAUGGCCAAAUGCGCCAUAAAUCUGAUUUUAUGAUGAAGGUAUCAAAUAGCCAAGCUUCUCUUGCUAAUUCUUCACAUAAUCGCAAGAGCACUCGAAAUACAAUGAAUGAUGUUUACCUUAAUCCAAGCACGAUUCACGUAGAGAACACCAAAAACACUUCAGAGUUAUUUUGAAAUAGAGAGGAAAACAAAGAAGAUUACUACAGAUCUCACAAAGAAGAAAAUAGGAUGACUUUUGAGUCACCUCAAGAAAAUAUUCAAAAGGAAACUCCUGAUUCUUUAUCCUAUGUAGAUCCUCCAAAAUCUACUUUAUAUCCUGCAGAGCAAAACAUUUUUAAGUUAAAUCCAACCAAUCUACUGUUAGAGGCAAUGCACACUCCUGGCUUUGGAGCUCCAAUUGUUAAUCCUAAUGAAGGUCUUGAAAAUUCAAAAUCUGAAGGAAAAGUUGGAGGAAGGAGGACUCAAAAGAAUGGAAAGAAUACCAUCUACAGAUCGCGUAGAUCCAUCCAUCGGAACAUCUUCUCUCCCAAUAUCUCCAGGGUUGCUCCAUAUCCCAUUAAAGAGGAGAGUCAUGAACAGAGUUCUGAGUAUACUACCUCAAAAGCAAGUGCUAAACAGCAAACUAGGGUUCAGAGACUGGACUUUUCUCAAAGACGCUAUUAAAGCAAAUACUAAUUUUAGGGUAAUUCAAUUU